AUCUAUAUUCACAAAUAUAGAUAUACAAAUACAUGGAGUGAGCAUGUACUGGUACAUGAACAGCUUUUAGGGCUUUUACCUUAAUCAAAUUUUUUAUCAAUUUAAAAAAAAUAAUUUUUUCAAACUAUUUAGAUGAUAAUUCUAAUCAAGAUAUAAAAUUAUAGAUUCUAUGGAAGAAAUCAGCAAUCCACGGUUAAGAUCACGACGACCUAAAGCACAUCCAUCCUCACUUGAAGAAAAAUCCGAUGACAGUGAUAACUCAAUCGACUUAGUUAUGAGAAAAAAAAAGGCUAAAGGUAAAAGUCAAGUACAAGCGAAAAAAAUAACGAAUCAUGAUAUAUUAACAAAAUACGAAGAACAGCGAAAGGAAGACGAUAAUUUUAACGGAGAGGUUCAUGAAAGGGUUGAAGAAAACAAUGACGGUAGUCAUGAAGAAGUUGAUGAAUAUGAUGAUAAUGAUACCGAAAAUGAACGUGAAAAUGGCAAUAGAAUCGUUAAUGUUGUCAUUGAACAUGCUGGAAGUCAUGAUGUGCUGGAAGACACAAGUGUGGGAAAUGAAAAUGAUAGAGAAACUUCGGAUGAAGGUUUAUUUGAUACCCAAGUACAGAUUAAUCCAACAAAUCUGGAAGGUGAUGCGACAGACCAGGUUCCACCGAGAAUUCAUAAUAACAAGAAGCUGAGAAAUGUAACUGAUCGUAGUGAUGAGGAAUCACGAAACAAUGAAGCAAAUUUGAUGGUGCAGGAAUUUAUUGAGCAAAAUAGGAAAUUAAAUGCAAUAAUAGAAAAAAUGCGUCAUGAACAAUGGUCUGAUUCUCAUAAUGAACAUUUAGAACGAGAACGAGAACAGCAAUAA